UUUCACAGCUUUUACGGGAGUCUGAGACUGAACUCUGCGUAUGAAUCAGAACAGAGCGCCCGCGAGAGAGAGAGAGAGAGAGAAGGAAUCUCAAUGCUUAUGGGAAUUGGGAUUGAGAGAGCGUUUGUGGCCGUAAAUUGCCACAAAUCGCUCUGAUUUUCACUCUCCACUUUCCAUUGUUUUUCCCUUCUCAUUUUCCUCCCACUUUUAUUGCUCAAUCCCUCUCCUCUGGCUCUCCCGCCAUCACAUUCCUCCAUUUCCAACGCCAUUGAAUUGAAACCCCUUCAAGAAAAUCACAAUCUCAGAGACGAAGUAAUUGAAGAGCCAAAAAUUUCCUCGGCCCCCAUUUUCUUAGCUUCCAACCACCCACUUUCCAGUUUCUGAUUCGUCUCUGAGUUUGUAACUCCUGAGCAUUAACUUCGAUUUCCCACUCAUCGAAUGGGAGUUAGAUUAUGAAUCAAUAACAAAAUAAAAUCCCCAUUUGCGUAAGGAUUUGAAAGAUUGAUUCUGCUCUGAAUCGACCAUGUCUCUCUUCAACUCGCUUUUGGUUUUCAUCUUCUUUCUGGGUUUUUCUUCCCCUUCCGCCAUUUCUGGGUCCUCUGAGCUCUCCACUCUAAUGGCGAUUAAAGCUUCUUUAGACCCGAAAAGCAAAUUAUUAACCUCAUGGAGUCCGGUUUCCGACCCAUGUGGUGGCUAUUUCGAGGGAGUUGCUUGUAACGAGCAAGGGAAAGUGGUGAACAUUUCUCUGCAGGGGAUGGGACUUUCCGGCUACAUUCCGGCGGCCGUCGCCAGACUUAAGAGCUUGACGGGGCUGUACUUGCAUUUCAAUUCUCUAACCGGUGAAAUUCCUAAGGAAAUUGCGAGUUUGACUCAGCUGACUGAUUUGUAUCUUAAUGUGAAUCAACUCUCUGGGGAGAUUCCUUUUGAGAUUGGGAAUAUGGCAAAUCUUCAAGUGCUGCAGCUUUGUUACAACAAAUUAACAGGUGGGAUACCAUCACAAGUGGGGAAUAUGAAGGUUCUAAAUGUUCUUGCUCUGCAAUAUAAUCAGCUCACCGGAGCGAUUCCCGCAAGUUUGGGGAACUUGACAGCGCUAGCACGGUUGGACUUGAGUAACAACAGGUUUUUCGGUCCGAUUCCGGUGAUACUAGCCGAUGCUCCUGCUCUCGAAGUUCUUAACGUCCAAAACAACUCGCUAACCGGUAACGUUCCUCCAGGUUUGAAGAGAUUGAAGGAGAAGUUUCAGUACCAUGAGAACCCAAGUUUGUGUGGAGUGGGAUUCCGGGACCUAAAUCCUUGUAGUAAGUUGAAAAGUUUGAAUCCGAGCCGACCCGAACCGUUUCUACCCCAACUACCUGGAAAUCUUUCUGCAAGAGAUAUCCCUGAGUCUGCUAAUCUACGCCACAAUUGCAAUGGAAGUAACUGUUCAAGACAGUCGAAAUCUUCACGAAUCGGAGUGGCCCUCGGAGUGAUUGGAGUGUUUGCUGCAUUUAUGGCAAUCGGUCUUGUAACGUUUUCCUGGUACCGUCGCCAUGAACAUAAAUUUAAAUUUGGAAGAGCUUCAAACGCCAUAAGUAGACGGAUUAUCACUAGCCAAGUCAGGGAAAUCUACAGGAGGAAUGCUUCUCCUCUCAUCAAUCUAGAGUAUUCGAAUGGAUGGGAUCCGUUAGCCAAAGAUCACGGCGGGAGUGCAUCGUCACGAGAGAUGAUCAAGAGCUUUAUGUUUAAUCUAGAAGAUGUCGAGCGGGCAACGCAAUGCUUCUCAAAGUCAAACUUAUUGGGGAGGAACAAUUUUUCAGCUCUUUACAAGGGAAAGUUGAGAGAUGGAUCAAUUGUUGUUAUCAAGUGCAUUGGCAAGACAAGCUGCAAAUCUGAUGAAGCUGAAUUCUUGAAGGGCUUGAAGAUACUCAUCUCAAUGAACCAUGAAAAUCUUGUUAAGUUCAGAGGCUUAUGCUGUUCGAAAGACCGGGGAGAGUGCUAUCUGAUCUACGACUUUGUCUCGAAUGGAACUUUGAUGCAGUAUCUUGAUGAUGACAAUAGCAAUGGCAGCGGGAAGGUUCUCGAUUGGUCCACCCGAGUAUCGAUCAUAUGCGGGAUCGCCAAAGGUAUCGGAUAUCUGCACAGAAAGGUUGGGAAGAAACCUGCACUGGUUCACCAGAACAUAACAGCUGAAAAAGUGCUCAUUGAUGCAGAGUUCAACCCCUUGCUCUCAGAUUCUGGCCUGCACAAACUUCUUGCAGACGACAUUAUCUUCUCCAUGCUCAAAGUCAGCGCGGCUUUGGGAUACCUCCCUCCCGAGUACACGACGACGGGUCGGUUCACCGAGAAGAGCGACAUAUACGCAUUUGGAAUGAUUGUACUUCAAAUUAUCUCCGGGAAAACCAGCAUCAUGAAGUUGAACUACGACACCAUCGAGUCACGUCGGUUUGAGGACUUCAUCGACUCUAAGCUCGAAGGAAGAUUCAUAGAAUCAGAGGCAGCUAAACUGGGGAAACUUGCAGUGAUCUGCGCUCACGAAUAUCCCGAGCUUCGUCCGACAAUGGAUGUCGUCGAGCAAGAACUCCAUGAAAUGGGCGGUUUCGGUAUUUCCAUAGAGUCCAUGCCUUAAUUUUGAGAUGAAAAACCAUAGAAGUUAAGCAGAUCACUGACUACUAAUCUUAAUCUAUGCUGUAAAUGAAGGUUUAUGAAUAUUUUCAUGCUACUGUGCUAUUAGAAUGGUCUUCUUAUGUAAAAAAGUAGGCUACUUUGUUGAAGAAUAAUGUAAAUUGUAGAAACUUGAUUUUGUUGCUAUAGUUAAUUACUGUUUUUCCCCA